AUGCCUACUGAUUAUAAACGAAAGACUGAUAGGGGUAUGGCGAGUCGCGAAAUAUAUGAUCUCGCAGCAGAAGAAGUAACCUUGCGACAUAAAAGUCUCCGUGACGCGGCUUCGAGUUAUAAUCUGAACCAUACCUCCCUCUUCAGAUAUAUUAAGAAAAAAACUGCUUAUGAAGCUAACGAAACUGCGAAUGCGCCAACGGUUGGAUACCCAGAAAAUACUGUUUUUACAGCUUCAGAAGAAAAAGUACUGUGUGACUAUCUUUUAAACUGUGCUGCUGCUAACUUUGGCCUAAGAACUAAGGAAGCCAGAACUUUUGCCUAUAGCUUGGCUGUUAAAUAUAAUAAAAAAAUUCCUUCUUCUUGGACUGAGCAUGAAAUGGCUGGAGAGGUUUGGCUUCGAUCUUUUAUGAAGCGUCAUCCGGUUCUUUCUCUAAGACUACCUCAACCUACAAGUAUCGCUCGAGCUACAAGUUUUAAUAUAACCAACGUGCAACUUUUUUUCCAAAAUUAUACCUCAGUAGUUGACAAAUACAAGUUGCAAGCAAAGGAUAUAUGGAACGUUGACGAAUCGGGCAUCACGACUGUUCAGAAACCGGACCGCGUCAUUGCUCGACGAGGACAGAAACAAGUGAGUGCCAUGACUUCCGCAGAUAGGGGAACAUUAGUUACUAUAGCACUAGCAGGAAAUGCCCUUGGGAACUACAUACCUCCAAUGUUUAUCUUUCCGAGAAAAAGAUUUAAUGAUCACUUUAUACGUGAUGGACCUAUUGGAUCAAUUUGUACUGCGAAUGGGUCAGGGUGGAUGCAAGAAGAAGACUUCUAUAUAUUUCUUACAUUUUUCAAAGACCAAGUUAGGCCAUCUAAAGAAAAUAAGGUCCUAUUGUUAUUAGAUAACCACGCAUCACACACUGCUGUUAAAAAUAUCGAGUUCUGCAAGGAAAAUGGCAUUAUUCUAUUAACUUUUCCACCUCACUGCACCCAUAAGUUGCAGCCAAUGGACAGAGCCGUUUUUGGACCGGUGAAAAAAGCAGUUAACACAGCUUGCGAUUAUUGGAUGCGGUCUAAUCCAGGAAAAGUAAUGACCAUCUAUGAUAUUCCUGGGAUAGUAAAAACUUCGUUUGAUACAGCCGUCACACCGCGCAAUAUAUCUUCCGGAUUCAUCCAUACCGGACUUUGGCCAGUUAACACUAAUAUAUUCCAGGAUGCUGAUUAUCUUCCCAGUCAGGUUACUGAUCGACCUUUGGCAACUUCCAUUAGUCCUGGUCCAUCCAGCUCUAAUUUGGUCGGCAUUUCAAGAAGUGAAGAACCCGUGCCAUGUUCUACCCUUGCAGACAGUAUUUUACACGAUUCCCGUACACCAAGUCCAUCAAUCUUAAAUUUACCGGCUACUCCUCCUCUGUCCAGCUACGAUACAGAAGACGUACCUAAGCCUGCAGAAAACCCUCGUAAGAAUUCACCUGAUCUGGCGAUAUCUGAACCCGUUGUUCCCUCCACAGUCUUUACAUCUGAUGUAAUACCUGUAGCAUCCACAUCACGAGACACUUCAGUUACUAUGACAGAAAUUCCAUUCUCACCUGACACUCUUCGACCCUUGCCAAAGGCUCCACCCAGGAAAGGAAAUCAAACAAAUAGACGCAAAGUGAAAUCUGCUAUCUUAACCGACACUCCCGUAAAGGAUGAACUAGCUGCUAUCGAAGCAGUUAGAAUGGCUAAGAAAAAAGUGAAAAAACCUAUCUUUGAAGAAACCAAAAAAAGGAGUUCAAAACCAAAUACUAAAACUAAGAAGACCAAGGUUGGUAAGAAACAAAGAAGAAAUGAAGACAGUGAAGAAGAAGAGGAAUGUAUUUGCCUUUGUUGUUUUGAGCCUUAUUCUAAUAGCAAAGCCAAAGAAAAAUGGGUGCAAUGUCUGGAGUGCAAAAACUGGGCUCAUGAAGCUUGCACUGGUGGGGAACUUUCUUAUGUUUGCCAUAACUGCUUGUCAGAUUGA